UAAGACCAGAUAUGUGUAUGUAUCUUGGAGAUACAUAGUCCUUUUCAGAAUUCCUCCUUCAGAAUGUGAGCUCCUUGAGGAUAGGGAUUGUGUGUUUGCCUUUCUUUACCGAGCACAGUGCCCAUUAAGUGCUGAAUAAAUGCUUGUUGAGUGACUAACUGAUUACAUCCUAACGCCUGGGAGACAGAGUGUCUUUUUAAAAAAAAGGGGUUGGUGACCAAAAGUGGACUAUAGGAGGAGGAAGCCUAGUGAAAGGAGGAGGGUUAAGAGUGGGAUAGAAACGUCGGCUGGAAUGAAGUGUCAGAGAGUAAAUUAACAAGAACCGGGAGAUUCACUUGGACGGACCUGGAAGGGAUGGGCAUUUGAGUGAGACGGCAUGGGAUAGGAUGGGACGAGGGGGCACACGACAGAUACAUGAAUGGACAGAGUGCAGAGUGUAAUCAGAGUAAGAUGAAGAAGGGCCCUCAGGACAAGACUCUACAGCUGCUCCCCCCUCCCCCCAACUCAGGACUCUCCCCAAGAGCCAGCUCACACCCCAGCCCUUCUGCCGCUCCCCCCUGGCCCCCCCUGCCCCCCGCCCCCCGCGGGGCGCGGGGCAUGGCAUGGAAGGCCAGACGCUAAAGCCCGGCCCCAUGGGCGCUGUACCCUAGAGCCCGGGUGGUGGGGGGGAGGCUCACGGCUCUGCUUGCAGGAGGUCGCUGUGCCUACUUCAGUCUGUUGGAGUGCUGGGGGAGGGGGGCAAUCCUGGAUGGAAUUGCAGUGAAUGGAACAGAAGCCAAGCAAACUGGAUUGUGGGUCUGACCCAGAGGAGAACAGGUCACUGGAUGGCAAGCGGAAAAGAAAGACCAGCCAAUGUUCCCUGAAAACCAGCAUGUCAGGGUACAUCCCUAGUUACCUGGACAAAGAUGAGCAGUGUGUCGUGUGUGGAGACAAGGCCACAGGUUAUCAUUACCGAUGCAUCACUUGUGAAGGCUGCAAGGGCUUCUUCCGGCGCACGAUCCAGAAAAACCUUCAUCCCACUUACUCCUGCAAAUAUGAUGGCUGUUGCAUCAUUGACAAGAUCACCCGAAACCAGUGCCAGCUAUGUCGCUUUAAGAAAUGCAUCUCCGUGGGCAUGGCCAUGGAUUUGGUCCUGGAUGAUUCAAAGCGGGUGGCAAAGCGAAAGCUGAUCGAGGAGAACCGGGAGCGGCGGCGCAAGGAGGAGAUGAUCCGCUCGCUGCAGCAGCGGCCGGAGCCCAGCCCUGAGGAAUGGGACCUCAUCCACCUGGUGACGGAGGCCCACCGGAGCACCAAUGCCCAAGGCAGCCAUUGGAAGCAGAAACGGAAAUUCUUGCCAGAGGACAUUGGCCAGUCACCCAUGGCCUCCAUGCCAGAUGGGGACAAGGUGGACCUGGAGGCCUUCAGUGAGUUUACCAAGAUCAUCACCCCGGCCAUCACCCGUGUGGUGGACUUUGCCAAAAAACUGCCCAUGUUCUCCGAGCUGCCUUGUGAAGACCAGAUCAUCUUGCUGAAGGGCUGCUGCAUGGAGAUCAUGUCUCUGCGGGCUGCUGUGCGCUAUGACCCCGAGAGUGAGACUUUGACGCUGAGUGGGGAAAUGGCCGUCAAGCGGGAGCAGCUGAAGAAUGGUGGCCUGGGAGUGGUCUCUGAUGCCAUCUUUGACCUGGGCAAGUCACUCUCUGCCUUCAACCUGGAUGACACGGAAGUGGCUCUGCUCCAGGCUGUGCUGCUCAUGUCUUCAGACCGCUCGGGCCUGCUGUGUGUGGACAAGAUCGAGAAGUGCCAGGAGGCUUACCUGCUGGCUUUUGAGCACUACAUCAACUACCGAAAACACAACAUUCCCCACUUCUGGCCCAAGCUGCUGAUGAAGGUGACUGACCUCCGGAUGAUCGGGGCCUGCCACGCCAGCCGGUUCCUACACAUGAAAGUCGAGUGCCCCACUGAACUCUUUCCCCCACUCUUCCUCGAGGUCUUCGAGGAUCAGGAAGUCUAAGCCCCCAGCGCUGGGGUAUGGAGAGAGGUGGGGCAUGUGGAGCUGCAGGGGGUGCAGCAGGAGAAGGGGCAGGGCUAAGGGAAACCACCCUCCAUCCCUCUUCUGUCUUUCCUUCUAUAUAUUUUGGCCUCCCACACACAGCCUAGCCAAGAUCCCUCCUCAGAGACCUCCUUCCUGCCCUGGGAUCAGGCAAAACAAACAAACAAACAAACAAAAGAAAAACCAACUCAAGAAAAUGAAAAAGGACAAUGCCAGUAGGAAGGGGAGUCCUCUGGCAAUUUGUAGGAGCCCCACCCCCCCAGGGCAGGGGGAACAUGGGGAGAAGAGAUGGGACAAGGAACCAUCUGAACUGUAGGGGAAGGAUGGGGGUUGUGGGGGGAACUGCCCUCUACCCCUCCCCCCACCAAAAAAGUCUCCCCCUCUCCCUCUUAUUCCUUAACCCAGGUCCUGGGCCAGGCCCCUCUUUUCACGCUCAGAUACCUGGGUUGCACAGAGAAGCCUCAGCAUUGGCUCCUCCCUGGGAGGUUAAAAGUUAUAGUCACUCUAACUGCACUUUGGAAGCGAGAGGGAAAAAGAAAGAAAAGUGGAGAAAAAAAUAGAGAAAGAGAGAAAAAGCCAAAAAAAAAAGAGAGAGAGAGAGAGAGAUGAUGAUAUUAAAUUAUUAAUUGAGGCCGGCUGGGGAGAGGACCUGGGGUGGGGGAGAUAGGACAAGACUUACCCAUCCCAAUGCACUUUGACAGCUGCCCCCCCCAAAACAAACAAACAAACAAAAAACCCAGAAACCCACCGUCACCAUCACCUCCUGGGUGGGGCUGCCAAUCAGAGUUCAAGCCACAGAGUCCUGGCCACCUCCAUUUUCCUUCCCCUCCCGACUUGCCUUGCCCCCUUGGCGCACACACCUUUGCACCCUCUGCUCGCCACUUGUGCCCGCUAAUUCUGAGCUCCAUCUACCUCUCACACUGGAUGCCAGCCAGUACCCUCUAUGGCUCCCUGUUAAAAUGCCCACCGUCCCAGAGACUCCCCCCAGGCCACCUUGGCGUCCACACCAGGAAAGACUUUGGUCCCGGCUCUCCACCAUGCUCCCUGAUCCUGCAGAGUUAGCUACAAUCAAGAGGCUGCGUUAGGGGGACUUUUGAGUCUGGGUGUCUCCCCACUCUGCUCCUAGGCCCACUCUUCUCUCCUCCAGGAUUCCAGCCCCCCACGAUGCACUAACCCCGUCCCUUCUUUUACCCGUGUCUCCUCCAUUCCCGGCAGUGCCCUGAUGUCUCAGAAGGCACCUGAAGGUGGUAGUAUGGAGGGGCUAGGGAAAUGGCACUUACUUUUGGAGGGGUUCAUGGGGGGCUUUGGGGGUGUUCAUUUAUGUCACUGAAACUCUGGCCAGGUCUGCCCCCUCUUUCUCCCCCCACCAGGGACUCCCUGCUCCUUUAAACUAAUUCAGGAACUCCAGCUUGCGCUGCGCCCCAACCCUCGCCCCAGGAAAACGAAAACCAGGGAAGGGGACGUCUUUCCGGCCAGAGUUCCCCGCGUUGUUUGUUUGAUUUGAGUGUGCAGCCCCCUCUCCCCUCCUCUAACCAGGGACUGCAGGAACUAGCCCCCCGGAACGGGAACGAGCAGGUCUGAGGAAUACGGGGUCCCACACAUGGGCAAGGACGGAGAGCCUUGCCCCGAGAAGCCAUGGGUGAUGGGAUCAGAGCUGGGGGUGAGGGGGCUGUGGAGUUCCUCCUCUUUGCACUACUUGGGCAAAAAUGUCUUAAGCAGUUGAGGAUCUGCCACGGCUGCCCUGGGCCUAGGCCCCCGGCCUGACACCCACACCGCCCCCCCUCGGCCUCCCCGGCCCUGAGCUCUUCGGAGCCGAGUCCGGCCUUCUGCCCCCUCCUCGCCCUCUUGGAUUUCCCGGCACAUCCCCCCGCCGUGGCCCGGCUGUGUGUGCGUCCGUCCUUCACACCGGCUGCCCGGAACACUAGCUGUCCGAGACCGCGCCCGGGUCAGGGGCCGAGCCUGCUUCCCGCCGCCCCAGCCCCGCAGGGCCGCAGCGCCCUGCUGUCUCCUCGUCUUCAGCCACGGACACGGCAGGGAGGGCUCCGGGCCCCUUCUAGGCACUUGGGAAUUACUUCCAGCACACCACCCGCCCCGCCCGGCCGGCCCCAGCUCCCCGCUCGGCCCGAGGCCGCGUGGAGGAUGCAUGUUGUGUGUGUCUGCGUGUGUGUCUGGGUGAGUGUCCCCGUCCGUGUCCGCUUCGUUUGGGGGGUCCGGAGGGAGUCUUGGAGCACCUGCUCUAGGUUCACAAAUUCCCCUAUCCCUACGUGGGAAGUAGAGGACCGGGGGUCCAAUCUUGGAGAUCAUUGGUGCUAAUAAAGGAGGGAGGGGUGGGCAGCGGGCCUCGAGGGUGCUUAGCCAACCCCUCCGGGAUUGGGCCGGGGCGCUUGGGUGGGGCGGGCCUAGUGUUGCAGUAUUGGCUGCGGGAGGGGCGCCCAGAUAGGAUGGGGGGCCCUAGAGCCAUGACCACUACACUGCCCCCCUUCCCGCUCCCUACCCCGCCCUGCCUCCUUCCCCAUCUCAGUAUUCCCCCACCCAUCAUUUUUAACACACAUACCUCAUCCAGCUCCCCACCUUGCUCUGUCCCAGGUGGGGGGAGUGGGGAGAGAGGAGUCCCCUGUCCCUGCCCUCAUCCCCUGGUGGCCGGCCUACAGGGUGGAGAGGGGUGGGGGGCAAAGACACCGUCCACAAGGGGACUAGGGGAACCCCCACCCCGUGACUCUGGGGGGGGUACUGCCUGGGGGCGCUACUGAAUGUAUGAGAAGCUGGUGCUGUGGGGUGGGGGUGGGGGGAAUAUGGCUGGUUGGGGGUAGCUCCUUCCCCUAGGGAGGGAUAGAGGCCGGUAGGAGGAAUGGGGGGAGGCCUAUCCUGACCCCCACCCCCAUAUUGACAAUCAGUAUGUCUGUUAUGUGCGAUUUUUCACCCCGUUGUGUUUUGGGUCAGGAUUUUAAAGAAAGAUAUUUUUAUGGUAAUUGUCGCUCGUCUAUUUUACUAUAUAUUUAUGUAAUAAAUAUAUGAUGAAAAUAA